GUCAUGGUGUUGGCUAUCAUUAUAGUAUUACUACUCCUGUUCGAAACUUCAAAGACUUCGGCUCAUUAUGAGAUGAUGGGAACCUGUCGAAUGAUCUGCGAUCCAUACAACCCUAAAUCCAGCUCUACUGCCAUGGAGGUGAUGCAGGAUCUGAGUGUCAUCCCGCCAACCUACGUUCAGGGAACUAGAGGUGAACCAGGGCGACCGGGGAAACCGGGACCUCGGGGUCCACCUGGCGAGCAGGGUCCGCCCGGUCCAAAAGGACCACCGGGAGAGAGAGGCGAAUCGGGGAAGCCAGGGUUUACAGGUCUAACUUCGGGGACAGCGAAGACGGAAACGGGGGACGUUAGUGCAACAGUGUUCGGAACAAAAAUAGCUUUUUAUGUCGGUCUGAAGAACCCUCACGAAGGUUAUGAAGUUCUCAAAUUCGACGAUGUAGUAACAAACCUGGGAAACCAUUACGACUCGUCCACCGGAAAGUUCUCUUGCCAGGUGCCUGGGAUUUAUUUCUUCACAUACCACGUUUUAAUGAGAGGAGGCGAUGGGACCAGCAUGUGGGCAGACCUUUGCAAAAACGGACAGGUCCGUGCUAGCGCCAUUGCCCAGGACGCUGAUCAAAACUAUGAUUACGCUAGUAACAGCGUGGUCCUGCAUCUGGACUCUGGGGACGAAAUAUACAUCAAACUGGAUGGUGGCAAAGCUCACGGAGGCAACAAUAACAAGUACAGCACGUUUUCGGGCUUCAUUUUGUAUCCUGACUGAUGAUAUCGCCGACAUCUCAGACUCUUACAAGUUAAUGUGCUCGUGAACAAAAUGAUUUAUAUCUAGGCUAUUAUCUGUCUACAGAAUUUUUUGGGGACAGUAACACAUCACAUGCGUUUCUUGUCCACUGGUACAUGCAAAGACAUAGUUUUGAAAUCAAUAUGUUUGGUUGUGGUAAUUUUUGUUUUGGUAUAAUGUGGUGUGAAAACGAAAAAGCAACAUAUGCAAAAUAUAGGAACUAAU